UUCAAAGUUUAUGACUAACUUCGCUGAAAACUUUAUCCAAAAUAUGAGAUAUUCGUAUUUUUUUUAUGUUUGUGGUGAAUUACACUCGCCACACAGCCGUCUGAGGCUCAUUAAGAACUGUUUGUGUUCGUGCAUGGAUGGGGCCACUCAUCACUGAUAAGAACAGAGUGUUUGGCGGGUUUGCCGCCUUGAAGGAGAGGAGGAUGUAUUUUUUUUAAAAGGGACAGUGAUAUGUACAAAGUUUGUUAAACUGUUCGAAUUACUAAACUACACUAAACUACAGCAAGCUGAGCAGGGACAACAACUGCUUUCACAGUCAGUGGAAGAAACUGCACAGUGAAAGUUGAGAAGAGAAUUAAGAAGAGCUUUACGGAGGCAGAUGAAGAUGAAAAAGAAGAAGAAAACAGUUACUUCAACCAUAAACUGUAAUAAGGGAGGGCACCUGGAUGUGGGUGCAGUGGAUGAAGGAUAUUCAGGGGAUGUGGAGUUGGUGAAUGGCAUCACGGAAGGUGUGAAGCUGGUGCCCCACAUCAAACCCGCCCACCUGGAGUUUCUGGAGCUGAGCUUCACUCCUGGACAAACCAGUGCAACCGUUCGCACCAAGAAGCCGCUGGAUGCUGAUGCAGACAUUCUGACGGGCCGCACCUUGUUUUAUUCUAUUAUGUGUGACGGUUUAGUUAAGUACAACAACACUCGGACGCUGAAAAUCAACGAUCUCAAUGACAACGCACCAAUUUUUAAACAGAAGGUCUACCGCAAAUCUGUCUCUGAGAUACAUUCUGUGGACACCGAGGUUCUUCAAGUGACAGCAGAGGACGCAGACAGCACAGCAGCAAACAACAGAGUGACAUAUUCCAUUGAACCAGCUUCAGAAGACUUUGAGGUGAUCAACUCUGGAGCUUUUAUUUUAAAGAGACGUUUGAACUACAAUCUAGUUCAGAAGUACAGCUUUACUGUGAAGGCCGAGGAUAGCGAGGGGAAGUUUGACACAGCCACUGUAGAUAUUGACGUGGUGGACUUUGAUAACUUGAACCCGUAUUUCAUCCACAACCUGUACCAAGCCUUUAUUCUGGAGAAUCUGGCUGGGUCUUUCCACACCAUUCAGCCAGAGGCGAUAAAGGCUCAGGAUGGAGACACUGGGAUCAACAUGACUCUAACUUACAGUAUCAAUGCAGUGUCUCCAGACAAGUAUCGGAGUAACUUCUACAUUGACUCCAGCAGCGGCGUUCUGUCUUUGGUGAUGGCCAUAGACAGAGAGGAGAUGAACAGCAGUGUGAUCUCUGUCGACAUCAAGGCGGCCCAGACAGACGACACUUUGAAGACGGCUGUUGCUUCGGUGUCUGUUACUGUGGAGGACGUUAACGAUAACCCUCCAGAGUUUGACCAGUCUGAUUACUCUGUUAACCUUCUGGAAAAUUCUCCUGUUGAUGCUGUUCUGUUAAAAGUCAUCGUCACCGACCGGGACCAGGGAGGCUUUGUGGGAACCCUGCGGAUCCUUCCAGAAUCUGCUCCUUUCUCUAUCGGCUCUGAUGGGACAGUAAGAGUGAAGAACUCCACAGUUCUGGACAGAGAGACCACCGAAAGCAUCACAUUUCAGAUUGAAGCGACAGAGAAGGAUCCACCCAACAAUGUUGUAGAUGUCCAAGUCAGUGUAACUCUUCUGGAUGAGAACGACAACAGUCCUGCGUUCAGCAGCAGCAAGUACGAAGGGAAGGUGUUUGCAAAUCAGACAGUGGGAAUGUUGCUGGUUCAGGCGGCAUCAUACCACGCUCCUCCUCAGUACAGGUGAACAUUCGUGCUCCUGGUGACUCCAAACCUCAGUUUUUACAAAAAGUUUUCCAUGGCACUGUAGAAGAAGAACAGGAUCC